GCCUUGCAUAGGUUCGAUUAUAAUUUAUUAUCAUGAUAGGAACUAAAUUAUUGCUAGCACUACUACCACUGCUUGCAUUCGGGAAUGCUCAAAAUACUGGUUGGAGUUAUUCAAGCCCCUUUGCAAGAUUCCCUCCUCGAUAUAUUCCUAGACCUGUCUACCACCCACCUACAAUUGUGCAAACAACAUUACCUCCAACAGUAACACAACCUGCUACACCUAGAAUUGAAAUAACAAAGCAACCACAACCCAGGGAUUCAUAUCCUUCGACGCGUAGCCCACUGAUCCCAUCUUCGUUUGAACCAGCCGAAAGAUUACCAACAUUCUUUAGGCCAAGACCAUAUACACAAAGUCCACCUGAAUAUUCUACGGCAUCACCAGCUCAAAAACCUACCAUCAUAGUUCUUCCCGGUGAUCACUCUUUACCGAAUACGCCAAAACCUAGUUUUACAAUUGUAUAUCCCUCGAAUUAUAAAAAUCCUGGAGAUGAACUCGCAAAGGAAUCUUCAAUUGAACAACCAUCUCCAAGUUCAGAACCUCAGCCCCAGCCAGGGUACCAGCCUCAAGAAUCUGAACCAGCAUCUCCAUCGCAACCAGCACUAAUACUUGACCAAAAUCAAACAGAACCAGAGCCAGCGCAACCUUCGCCUCAGCCAGAGCCAGAAUUUGUUCCACGUAAAAUUCAACCAUCACCUGCAUCACACCAAAUAGAUAUGGAGCCAGCGCAAUCUUCGUAUCAACCAAAGCCAGAUGUUGUUGAACCUCCUCAAAUUCAAGCAUCAUCUCAACCCUCGUUUGAAGUACAGCCAGAAGCUGUGCCACAGCAAGCUUUACCAUCUCCUCAACCAGAGCCUGAAGUUGUAGCACCUCAAGUUCCAUCAUCUCCUGGACCUGUGCAAGAAGAUGUUGCACCAAAAGUUCCAUCAUCUCCUAAACCUGAGCCAGAAAUUGUAGCUCCGCAAGUUCCAUUGUCACCUCAACCAGAGCCCGCAGCUGCUUCACCACAAUUUCCACCACCACCUCAACCAGAACCCGAAGCUGUGGCAUCGCAAUUUCUACUAUCUCCUCAAUUAGAACCAAAAGAUGAAGCUCCGCAAGUUGAACCAUCCCCUCAACCGGUGCCAAAAGCUGUUUUACCUCAAAUUCAACAAGCACAACCUGUACAUUUAUCCAGUUCGACUGAUGUACGACCUAGGUAUCUACCCGUAUCAUCUUGGUCUAAGCCAAGUUGGCCUCAAUACACAAAACCAUCUACGAUUCCCAAUCAUCCAUAUCCCUGGAUGCCAACAACUAAGCCUAUUCCAUUACCCUCUAGAACAAUCGCUACACCAAAACCGUCAGGAAUCAUUGUAAUUCCUACGAUAGUACCCGUUCCAAAACGUCCUGUUAAUUCUGGACAAUUAACGGAGUUAAUGGACUAUCAAUGCGCAAAACCAAAUGGCUAUUUCUCUGUACCUAAUCAAUGCGAUGCCUUCAUAGAAUGCAAGGCCAAUACAGCUAUGCAAGUUGAAUGCCCUGAUGGCCUGCAUUUCAAUCCUAAUGCAGUGUGGCCUGAAUAUCCGUGUGAUUAUCCUUCACGAGUAAAUUGUGGUGCCAACCUCGCUAAACAGGUACCUGAGCCUACAGCUGAUUGCCCUAGACAAUAUGGUUACUUCCCAUCGCCUUCUGGUGAUUGCGGAAAGUAUAUUAUGUGUCAAGUAGGCAAAGCUACAGAAAUGACUUGUCCAGCUGGCCUCGCAUUUAACUCCGUAACUGCUAUAUGUGAUUGGCCAGCUAACGUUCCUUCCUGCAACCCAGAUGUAUUCCAAGGAUUUACAUGUCCUGCACCAGACAUGGAUGAAAACGGAAAACCUACGGACUUAAUUUCCAAAUUCAGACAAGGCAAAAGCUGCAAACGUUACAUCGCGUGUCAACAAGGGAAGCCACGUCUGCUCAGUUGUGAUGAUGGAUUCUCUUACGAUGAUGCUACCCAGAGUUGCAUUGACUCAGAUUUGGUCACAGAUUGUACAUAAAUAAAUACCAAUAUUAUGUUAACACUUAUUAAAAUACAUGAAAACUAUAUUAUA